UCUCCGGGGUGGCUUUGGGCCCGCGCGGGCGCUCCGGUGACUGCAGCUGCUUCGGCUCCCCUCCCCCCGCCCCGCGCCGCGCGGUUGCCCGUCGCUUCGCACUGGGCUGGAUGGUUGCAUCGGGCAGGGUUGCUCCAGGAUGUUAGGGACUGUGAAGAUGGAAGGGCAUGAGAGCAGCGACUGGAACAGCUAUUACGCGGACACACAGGAGGCCUACUCCUCCGUCCCAGUCAGCAACAUGAACUCAGGCCUAGGUUCCAUGAACUCCAUGAACACCUACAUGACCAUGAACACCAUGACCACGAGCGGCAACAUGACCCCGGCUUCCUUCAAUAUGUCCUACGCUAACCCGGGCCUGGGAGCCGGUCUGAGUCCCGGCGCUGUGACCGGCAUGCCAGGGGGCUCAGCGGGCGCCAUGAACAGCAUGACGGCAGCAGGAGUGACUGCCAUGGGGACGGCGCUGAGUCCAGGUGGCAUGAGCGCCAUGGGCGCGCAGCCGGCGGCCUCCAUGAAUGGCCUGGGCCCCUAUGCGGCCGCCAUGAACCCGUGCAUGAGCCCGAUGGCGUACGCUCCGUCCAACCUGGGCCGCAGCCGCGCGGGCGGAGGCGGCGACGCCAAGACGUUCAAGCGCAGCUACCCACACGCCAAGCCGCCCUACUCCUACAUCUCGCUCAUCACGAUGGCCAUCCAGCAGGCGCCCAGCAAGAUGCUCACGCUGAGCGAGAUCUACCAGUGGAUCAUGGACCUCUUCCCCUAUUACCGGCAGAACCAGCAGCGCUGGCAGAACUCCAUCCGCCACUCUCUCUCUUUCAACGACUGCUUCGUCAAAGUGGCUCGAUCCCCGGACAAGCCAGGCAAGGGCUCUUACUGGACGCUGCAUCCGGACUCCGGCAACAUGUUCGAGAACGGCUGCUACCUGCGCCGUCAGAAGCGCUUCAAGUGCGAGAAGCAGCCAGGCGCCGGUGGAGGGAGUGGGGCCAGCGGCUCCAAGAGCGGCCCUGAAAGCCGCAAGGACCCCUCUGGCGCAGGUAACCCCAGCGCCGACUCCCCUCUUCAUCGGGGUGUGCACGGGAAGGCCGGCCAGCUAGAGGGCGCGCCGGCCCCUGGGCCCGCCGCCAGCCCCCAGACUCUGGACCACAGCGGGGCGACGGCGACAGGGGGCGCCUCGGAGUUGAAGACUCCAGCCUCCUCGUCGGCUCCCCCCAUAAGCUCCGGGCCUGGGGCCCUGGCAUCUGUGCCCCCCUCUCAUCCAGCGCAUGGCCUGGCACCCCACGAGUCUCAGAUGCACCUGAAAGGGGAUCCCCACUACUCCUUCAACCACCCCUUCUCCAUCAACAACCUCAUGUCCUCCUCGGAGCAGCAGCACAAGCUGGACUUCAAGGCAUAUGAGCAGGCACUGCAAUACUCACCCUACGGCGCCACCUUGCCCGCCAGCCUGCCCCUUGGCAGCGCCUCUGUGGCCACGAGGAGCCCCAUCGAGCCCUCAGCCCUGGAGCCGGCCUACUACCAAGGUGUGUAUUCCAGACCCGUCCUAAACACUUCCUAGCUUCCGGGACUGGGGGUUUGUCUGCAUGGCCAUGCUGGUAGCAGUGAGAGAAAACAAAAACAAAAAACAACAGCAAACAAAACCACACACACCAACAACAGCAUAAUAAAAUCCCAACUAUUUUAAUUUUUCGUGCACAAUUUUCCCCCAGUGGAAAGGACUGUUACUUUAUUAUUGUAUUCAAAACUCGUUGUGUAUAUUAUUACCAACCCCGAACCAACAAAAAUUUUUCCUUCGAAGUUUAAUGAUCCACAAGUGUAUAUAUAAAAUUUUCCUUCUUCCUUGCCCUCUUCCCUUUCUUCCCUCUUUCCCUUCCAGACACAUUCUAGUCUGUGCAGGGUAUAUUUAAACAAAAACAAAGAAAGAUGGUCAAGUUUGUAAAAUAUUUGUUUGUGCUUUUUCUCCCCUCCUUAUCUGACCCCAGCGCACGAGUUUACAGGUCCGUGGCAAUACUCUUAACCAUAAGAAUUGAAAUGGUGAAGAAACAAGUAGACACCAGGGGCUCUAGAAAGUAUUGAAAGACUACAGCAGUUAUGCAACAAAACAUAAACAGAAUAUAAACAUCAGAGCCAUUUGUUUUUCAGCUUACAUUUCUGAUCCAGAAAGCAGUUGACUUUAAAUGAAAUACAUAUAUACUGUCUAUGGACUUAAUUAUGCUCAGAUAUGUAGACAUUCUCCAUAUAUUUACAUAACAUAUAGAAGUUAAUAGGUAGGUAAUAUACAUUCUACAUUGUUAAGAGUUGCCUGACCAAGAAGUUAUAAGGACCCUACCCUUCUUGUUCUCUCCCCGUAUCUGGGGCCUAGGAAUCAAUUCCUCAGGAAUUGCCCUUGUCAAGAACUCUGCUCCUUGAUUUGCAGGGUGCCAUGGUCAUGUCAUUCUGAGGUCACAUAACGUAUAAAAUUAUCUUAUGUGUAUGUACACCAUUUAAAGGAUAUUUUCCCACCAAAACAGAAUAUCACAAUGUUGGAAAAGAGAGAAGUUAAUAGGGAGCUGUAUUUCAAAAAUUGGUCCAAGAUUCCAAAAUCGUAUUGAUUGUGGCCAUUUUAAUUAUUGCCAUCGUGUGCUUGUUUCAUCCAGUGUUAAUGCACUUUCCACAGUUGGAUAUGGUGUUAGUAUAGCCAGACGGGUUUUCAUUAUUAUUCCUUUUUGCCUUCUCAAUGUUAAUUUAUUGCAUGGUUUAUUCUUUUUCUUUACAGCCGAAAUUGCUUUAAAUGAUGGUUAAAAUUACAAUUAAAAUGUUAAUUUUUAUCAAUGUGAUUGUAAUUAAAAUAUUUUGAUUUAAAUAACAAAAAAUAAUACCAGAUUUUAAGCCGUGGAAUAUGUUCUUGAUCAUUUGCAGUUAAGGACUUUAAAUAAAUCAAAUGUUAACAAAAAAA